AUGACGUUUGAGGUUAUGGAUCCUUAUGAUAACCAGACAAAACUCUUCCAAACUAGCAUCCACUACACUUCACAUAACCCGCCCAAGUAUUUCGUUUGCAGGCCUAAACCCGAUCAAAAAGGUACUAUUUGUUUCUUUACAGCUCUCUAUAGCAGAAUAAGCAUGGGUCUCCGGCCUUCAUUAUAA